AUGGACUCGAGACGGCCGAAGAAGCUGAUCUUCGCGCCCGGCGACAUCCAAGCAACCCCCGACCUCAAAGUCUCAGCCACCGAGACCAAGGAUCCCUCCUCACCCGCCCCCAAUGUCCCCUCGCAUCUCGCCGAGCAACUUCGCUCAGAUGUCUCGACCCCCGACUCCACGAUCGAGAGCCAGAUCGUCUCUCACCCGGCCCGUGCACACCAAUUCGUGAGCAACCCGCCCCUGACAAUCUCCCAGAUGCAUCCGUCCAACCCGCUGCAUCAAUUCCACACCUGGUUCCGCGACCCGCGGCUGUCGCCGUCCUCGGCUCCAGAAACAUGUACAUUGGCCACGGCAUCGCUGCCUUCUGGGCGGGUCAGCGCGCGCGUUGUCUACCUCAAGGAACUGGAUGAGCGGGGCUGGGUGGUGUACAGUAACUGGGGCAGCCGAGAGGGCAAAGGGCGGCAGGUGUUUGGUGUGCAUGCGGAUGGCGGUGAUUUCCCUGGUGCGAUGCCCCGGCCCGGCGAGGACGAGAGUCUUCUCCAAGGCCUGCAGGGGGGCAAUCGGUGGGCUGCGUUGACCUUCUGCUGGUCAGCGCUGGAGCGCCAAGUUCGUAUUGAGGGGAUGGUGGAGCCACUCAGCCGCGAGGAGAGCGAGUUGUAUUGGUAUACUCGAGAACGGGGAAGUCAGAUCGGUGCGUGGGCGAGCUGGCAGAGUAAGGUGCUCUGGUCGGCGGAGCCCGAUACACUGAUUGACCGGCGGCGGAAAAGCGUUGCGGCCGCGGCGCAGCGUCAGGGCUCGACGUACACGUCUAAAUGUCCUGAGAUCCCGGCCGACAUUGACGAGACGGACAUCGAUGACGGGAGGGCUCUGCUUGAGCAGCGGGUACAGGAGAUGGAGGCGCGGUUUGCGGGGGUAGAGAAGAUCCCUCUUCCACCAUUCUGGGGUGGUGUGCGACUGGUACCUGAGUCGGUGGAGUUUUGGCAAGGCCGACGCAGUCGGUUGCAUGAUCGCUUCCGGUAUAAAUACCUCCAUAAUUCCCCCCGCGCGUUGCGUGAAGCCCCGCGAGACGCGUACUGGGCCUUGCCAGUAAUCAUGCGCAUGCUGUGUCUGCGUCGAGACAUGGGGGACCCUGUGGACUGCUCCGACGACAAGGGCGCGCUGAUUGGUGAUGACAUUCCGCCAAUGCGAAUGAUGACUGUCGACCUCCGGCAUCCAGGGUCUUCGAAGAGGUUUUCACACACGUUGCUUUUAAUGCACCCGUUAAUAAUGCUCCUUCAAACUCAAAGUGGAAGUCUUCUUGACCCGCUCCCAGUGCCUGGUGUGGGUGCUGCAGCAGCAGGAGCACUUGUGGCUGAGGGUGCCCUUGCUGCCGCCCGUGCUGCUCGCCGUGUUGACAGUGUUGACAGUGUUGACAGUGCCCUCCCUCUCAGUGAGCGAACAUAUCUCGUCAUGUCGUUAUCCAUCCCCGAUCGUCGCGGUGCAAUUGAUGCUGUGCAGUGUGUUGGCCACAUGGACAUCGACGGACCUGAUCUGACGACUCCUCUGGAUCAAGAUCCACCUAGUACUACCGACAGCGAGAGCAAGGACGAGGCUAGCAACUCGGGUGAGGGACCAGCUGGGAAGCAGAGGAUUCAGCCCAUUGGCCAGGACGCAGAGCUAGGCCCUAGGACCCCAAAGAAGAGCAAGACAAGUUCGGAACCCCUCACGACCCCAGGUUCGGCAGCAACGGCCUCUUUCAACGCAAGGAUGUCAGAGACCGAGAAAACAGCAUUGACCUCCCAAGGAACUGCUCUUGACAUCAGCGUCGUCUUUUAUCGCAAUCAUUUACGACACCCCACAAACCGCGAUAAGGACCUCAAAAGGAUUGAGAAGUGCACGUUUAAGUACAAGGGCAGCACGAUCCCGGUUCAGGUCGCCAAGUUCGGUGACCCAGGGAACUCGGGACCAUACGUCUACGUACUGGAUGCAGGCCCAACGGCAAGGGAUGUGGAAGUGCAGGCGGCGAUCACUACUAAGUUCAAGGCCGCAAAUGAGUCCGCGAUCCCGGCGUACGAAAUCCGGGAAAAGUUACGGUCUGAGUCUGGAAGAGGCACAGGCACUUAUGUCAUCAUUUUCACCACCCCGGUGAAAGGGAUGGGAAAAAGUCUGGAAAUUGGCCAGGCCAAAAAGAUACAACGUCCCCUGACCAAAGAGGGGGGCCUGUGUAUUCUGUGCCGAGGCAAAGGACAUAAAUCCCUGAAAUGCGACGCCAAGGAUGCCUCCUACCGCCUCUCUGAUGUCCUCAUAUCCCAAAAAGCCAAGACAAUCAAGCGACGCAACGGCCAGUAA